AUGCGCAAACUGAGGGGCACGCCCGCGGCAGUUUAUAGUCUUCAGUGGACCAAGACCCGGCUCGAGCAAGAUGCUGGUGUUGAUGCUAGUGGCGGCGAUGUCCUUGCGGCUCUGGCCGCUGGUCAGAGCUCCUCCGCUGUGCCGAUUGGCUUGCCAGUUGUAACAGCAGCACAUUUUGCUGGUCCAGUAUUGCUGUUUGUAAUAAACAGAAAAGUCUAUGCUUAUGAUUAUCAUGAAAAUAAGUGGAAUGUAGCUAAAGGUAUAGGACACCCUGUUUCACACGUUACUGGGGAUAAUUGUUGUUAUGGUCCCCAUUCUGUUUGUGAGAAAAUAAGUAAUUCCAUCUUUGCAUAUAUGUAUGGAGAAGUGAUAUCUCAGGCUAACAUAUACUACUCACAAACCUUGGGAUACACAUUUGAGAAGUUUACCUUUGGCCGUGAGAAAGAAUUAGUCGGUUUUGUGGGCGGAAUCUUCUUCUUUCAUUCUCUGUCACAGGUCGGGCUGCUUGUUGUUGACAGAAGGAAAGCCAAGUUUGCGUACUCAGAACAUCCCCUCAACAGAAGCUUUGGGCUGCCCUUUGACUACAACGGAACCCUUGAUGUCCACAUCGUCCCUGAUCAGAGAGGCAUUUUGGUGCUCUGGUCUGAGAACAGCCUGCUGAUUUCCCGGAAUGCAGGUCAACUCGUGAACACUGUCAUCGUGAAACACAGGUCCCAACACCAGUAUUCUUCCAUUUUGGAGGCCAACCUCACCAUCCACAGCAUUGCCACCAAUGACAAUGAGCUGGCCGUUUUAGUGAAGCCCGAUCUUGUGUACUACGGCAGUUUGGGAGUGCUAUCAAGUUACAUCAUCCAACUUUCCAAGGACGACGUUUGGUCCCAAGAGGCAGCUCCGAUGUUCACCCACCCGGGUGUCCUGGAAAUCCUAAUCCCGGUGCCUGACUUGCAUUUUCCAGCCUUUGACUUCCUCAAGUGCUAUAUGAAUGUGCAGGAGGUUCUCCUGCAUCCCUACCUCCAAAUCCAAGGUUGCAAAGUAGAACUUCUCCAGGGGUAUUUUCAAAAGAGUGUACUUACCCUUGAUAUGAACAGUGACUUGCAGUUGAGAGCUGUGAUGAUACCCCAGCUGCACAAGUCACCAAUUCCACUCGUGACAGUGAGCAACCCCCACUCCCUGGGACUGCAGGUGACCAUUCAGGAGAGUGGCUGCACUUUAGAUGGGAACAUCGAGUACGAACUGACCAUCUACCUGAAGCAACAGCAUCUCUUUGGCAGGGCUGACUCCAACUUCACCUCCAGCAUGAAACGACCCACAAUAUCCACCGUCACUGUGGACAUAGCCAACAGAGAAAUCUCCUGCAUAGACCUCAGACCACUGGUGAUGUUCAUUUCAGUUGGAUGUGACACAAAGAAAAAGGUCGUAGUUCAGAACAAAAUCUCCGCCUGCUCCAAAGGCAUCCUGGACCCCAUGAUCCUGCAGGACGACUACAGCUACAUCAUCGAGAGGGAGGCCCACGACCGCGCCUUCCGGGGCCACAAGGCCGUCGAGGACCUGAUAGUGUUUUAUCCAUAUGAGGAACUGGGCUGCCCUCAGCUUGUCUACUACAACACCCCGUGGAAGCCAGUGGUACAACUGUGGAGAGAUGGGUCUUUCCAGGAGGUGGUCCACGCCGAGUACGUCCUGCUGGAGGUGAACGGGCUAUUCACAUACUCGUACACCCUGACAGCCCGCACCGCGCACUGCAAGUGGCAGCCACAGAACUGGACCACCAUGAUGUCACGCUUUAAUCAAAGCAAGAACGUCUGGAACAGAGAGACCUAUGAGAGCUGCCAUAAGCCUGAAGGUGGUGACCCUCUGAAGUGGCCAGAUGUCCCCUAUCAGAUCCUGGGUGGCCCAACGGACAACAAGGUCAUUUUUGACCAAAGGAAUGGAAUGUACAUCUUCCACCUUUACAUCGUGGACCCCUACUACAGCUACUGUGGCCUGGAGACCACCUUCAGCGUCUACGUCUACGGGGCCUUCCCAUCCAUCAACGUCCGCAAAGAGGUCACCAUCGCCCUGCUGCUGCUCAGCCUCCUGCUGUCGCUCUGGCUGGCCUACGCCAUCCCCAAGGCGCUGCGCACCGACACGGGCCACAGGGUCACGGGGUUCUGGGCCAGGCUGCUCAGGGGCUUCAGGAAUGAUGGCGGGGCUUCCCAGCCGGUCGCCAAGGCUGCGGCCCGGGCAGGGGGGCUGGGAGCCCCCGGGAAAUAG